AGUAAAGAUUACACUUUCACGUGCACGAACGACAAUUGACCGAUUGACUAUCCAGUGGAUCGUAGCCAUUUAACAACGACCAUGGGGAACGUGUAUAUUACAGUUCGAGCCGACGCUGGUAGAUGUCUUGAUAUCCCUUAUUGGACUCAGUGAAGCCGGCCUCGUUUUCUAAGUUUAGUUUAAGUUUCGUUUAAUUUUAAGUGAAUUUUAUUUACUCGACGAUGGAAGCCUUAGAGCAGAUACAUAAAUAUUUAAAUCCGGAUGUGAAACAACCGAAGCUGAAAAUUCUCGCCACAGAACACCUGUCAGGUCUCACUGGCACAGCAGAAGGGCGAGAACUCCUGUUGAAAUGUCCGAAAGUAUUGACGCAAUUAAUUGUCAUGAUUCAAGAUAGUGAUACAAUGAUUUCAAAAGCUGCCCUUCAGGCUCUGAUAAACAUAACAGCAGAUGAAGCUGGUGCAAGUGCUUGUCUUCUGAUUUCUGAGGUUCAGCCAAAGGAUGAAAAAUAUUCUUCCAACCUGGUCCAAGUUUGUAUCAGAUGUAUAAUGGACAAAGAAAAUGCUUUAGCUGACCAAUGCUGCAUGAUUCUUAACAAUAUGACUUGUUUAUUACAUCUGAUGGAUAGAGUCGUAACCCUUGUUGAGAAAAGUAAUUACACGUGGGAAGAUAUAGUGGCAGUGUUUACUGUCACUAAGUAUAACAAAGCUGGUGCCAACCUUCAUUACUUGGCUUAUGUUAUUAACAAUGUCAGUCGAUCUCCGCGUGUACGAAGCUAUUUAAUGGACAAAGAUCGUACUAUUAUCCAGAGGCUGCUUCCAUUCAUGGACUACAAAGAUAAUUUAGUAAAACGCGGAAUUAUUGGAACUGUAAAAAACUGUUGCUUCGAUACGCACAGCCAUGAAUGGUUGUUAAGUCCAGAGGUGGAUAUUCUCAGUUAUUUGUUACUACCAUUGGCUGGACCAGAAGAAUUCGAUGAUGAGGAUAAUGAUAAACUACCGAUCUGUUUGCAAUAUUUACCGGAAACCAAGGAGAGAGAAGCAGAUCCUGAAAUAAGGCUCACGUUGUUAGAAACGUUGUUUCAACUUUGCGCGACGAAGGGCGGCAGGCAAAUUUUAAGAGAGAAAAAUACUUACGUAAUUCUCAGAGAGUAUCAUAAAUGGGAACAAGAUAAGAGAGUGUUACUAGCUUGCGAGAAUAUCGUCGAUAUUUUAAUCAGGACCGAGGAGGAGAUAGGUCUGGACAAUCUAAAAGAGGUCGCAGUUCCUUCGGAGUAUAUAGAAAAAUUCCAUAAAAUGGAUCAAGAAUUUAUUAGCGGUACAUAAUAUAAAAUAAUCGUUUGAUAAUAGAAGUUAUUUGGUACAUCACGAAAUGUACAUAGUAUAAUAAAUUGAUCACGCUAGUGCGAGGUGCGCGUGAUAUUGCACGUUUCCCAUAAUUAUCAGGUGGCAUGGAAAUAUAGAAAAUAUACAUACAAAAUUUGAUUAACUAUCAGUGUCGAUCCUCUUUGCAUUUAAACGAAAAUUGUUAAAAAUAUUUUAACAAGACUUGUAUAAAAACACUUGGGUCGUUGAAUAAUUACUAAACUAUACAAAUAAGAUUAAAGCUUACAAGUGGUAGUACAGGUACUUGUAAGUGUAUUCGCACGCAUCUUAAAUUAACGGGAUUAAACGUCUUUCUCUCUUUUUUUCUGUAUAAUAUGCGGAGAUUGGAUCGAUAAUUUUCGCUCACUCACUUAGAGCCACUUUUGCUGAGAUCAAGUCUCGCAGAAACGAGAAUAUGGUACCGUUACGUGAAAAGACUGGUGGUACAUUUCUGCGAAGUGUGUAAAUAACAGUACCGUUAUUAAUUAAUAAGUAUACACACGGUGCGAAUCGAUACUGUAAUCGCCGUGUUAUAGAUUCUCCGCAACGAUUACUAUAGAUCUAUUAAAUUAAAUAGAAUGCA